UACGCAUCUUUGUUAGCAUGCUACUUGACGUUAGCACAGCAGCUAGUUAAGAGUAAAUCAGUCAAAUCAUGGAGUAAAAAAUCAUAUUUUACGUUACUUUAUAACCUACGGAUUUACAAGACACGUUUUAAAUUAAUUCCCGCUAGCAUCUCUUGUUUUGUAACGUUUUUAACUAGCUUACAAAGCCUUUAGCUUCUAUUAUUCACAGUUAGCUUGUACACAUAGUUAGCUAUGUAUACAGAACUAAACAGUAUCUUGAACACAACUCCUGACAGCUUCACACAGGGAGAAUUUGUCCUGCUGUCAGACAGAGAGAGUGAUGCCUCUUUCCUCAUUCACCACUUCCUCUCUUUGUACCUACGAGCACGCUGCAAAGUGUGUUUUCUGGGUCUGGUGCAGUCCUUCAAUCAUUACAGUGCAAUCAGUCAGAGACUGGGUGUUAGCCUAGCACAAGCAAAGGAAAAAGGUCAGCUGGUUUUCCUGGAGGGACAGAAGGAGUCGCUGUCUGUUUUGAUUCCUCAAGAAACUGAUACAGGAAGCCCGGCCAUGGACUUCCUCAGGGAUCCUGCUGUCGGACUGAAGAGUCUCUAUGAGUUUGUCCGGUCGGCUGUGAGCAGUUCUGGUAUUGGUGAGGGGGAGGCGGAUGGAGCAGAGGAGUGGGGGCCCCCGGUGCUGCUGGUGGAUGACCUCAGUGUGCUGCUGAGUCUGGGGCUGAGCGCUGGAGCCGUGAUGGACUUCAGCCACUACUGCAGAGCCAUCGUCUGCUCCCUGCUCCAGGGUAACGUGGUGAUGCUGGUUCGCUGUGAUGGGGAGGGAGAGGAAGAUGAGGGAGAUGAUGAAGGCUCAGAGAGACUGAUGAAGGGCCUCACCCACCAGUGCAGCCUCACUCUUCAUGUACAGGGUCUCCCAACCGGCUACUGCAGGGACAUACACGGGCAGGUGGAAGUGUGUUGGAGGAGGAGACAAGGCGAUGGGCAGUGCACUCAGAAGAAACUCUUUCAGUACAAGGUCCACGAUAAAGGAGCCUCCUUCUUUGCUCCCGGGACAUCCAGCGCUGUCCUCUAGCCUCCACUCUCUACGUCCUUGUUGACCUUCUUCACUUUUACACGUGGCAACUGACUGUUUAUUUUUUUUUAAUAACACCAGUCAUCAGGGUUUUAGCUACCUAAGGGCUACCUUGGUGAAUUUGACAAAAAUUUGGAGUCUUGCUAGUGUCAAUGACUCAGCCUGGACCCUAGACCGUCUGGAGGAAGGAUAGUGUGAUCCUGCCAGUCGAUUGCCUGGUCCCAGAUCUCUGAUUUGCUGCACACUUCUAAGAAUAGUUUGUUCAGCUAUUCCAAUAGAAGAGAAGACAUAAUACAGUCUGAUUGUCAGGUACAAUGACCACAAGGAGACUCUAAACUACAUAUAGAAAACCACAACAAAAAGGGGCUAAUCAGCUAUAAAGUCUGUGUGUUUUGUUCCUAUGUACGAGAAGUCGUGGGGCUUUUAACAUAUCUGCCCAGGUUCUCACUGUCUCAUAAUCAGCAUAUGAUUCCAUCUUGAAUCAUGAUACCUCUGUAUGUAAUUUGGUUGAAUAAAAUGUAAUAAAACA